CAUGUAUUCAAAAAGUUGAAGGGUAAACAGUGAAUUUUUGCCGAUGAAGAACACAAAACUGGAUCCUGACUGGGUAACAUAUAGAACUUUAACUAACAUAUACAUCAAAGGAAAACAAUUUGAGAAGGCAGCAUCUACAUUGAAGGAUAUGGAAAAGAUGGCUUCUCGGAGAAACUGAACUGUCUACUCCUUCCUCAUCAGUUUGUAUGCCAACAUGCUGCAUAAGGAUGGGGUUCAGCGAAUCUGUAAAAAGACGAAAUCUAGUUUCCACAAAAUGAAUGAUGCUGAGUACACAUGUAUGAUAGCUUCACUCGUCAAGCUUGAGGACCUUGGAGAAGCUGAGAAUCUUUAUAAUGAGUGGGAAUCUGUUAGUACAAAUGGUGAUGCCAGAAUUUCAAACCUACUCUUGACGCAUACAUCAACAGAGACCAGAUGGAAGUCGCCGAAUGCUUUAACUAAAGAAUUGUGCAAAAAGAAGAAACAGAUGGAAAAGGUAUUAGCUUGUUUCAAGCAAGCUAUUGGUGGUGUGAAAAUAUGGGAUUCUAUUGAUCGUUUGGUUAAGGAAGUAUACAAGAAAAUAGAGGAGGGCAAUAUUGAAGGAGCAGAGAAGCUGUUAGUUAUUCUCCGGAAGGCUGGUCAUCUCACUACAGAGGUAUAUAAUUCAGUUCUACGAACUUACACAAAAGCUGGUAAAAUGCCACUUAUAGUUGAAGAGCGGAUGAAUAAGGACAAUGUACCCCUAAACGAAGAAACACACGAACUCAUAAAAAUUACUAGCAAAAUGUGUGCGAGUGAAGUUUCAAGCAUUGAGUAGAAUCCAUUUGCAUCUAAAUUAUGGUACCAGAAGUGACUGUCUAGGACUCAUUCUGAUUGUUUCUAUAUUGAAUUUACUGUGGUCCUAGUGAAAUAGAAGAUGAAAACUUUUUGUUUCCUGAAAGGAAAUUUGUUGUUGAUUGCGCCCUUCUUCUCAUUUACCCGUUACCACAUGGUAUCUCUACAUUACAGCAUAGGAAUGAAAAAAUGGUAACUUG